AUUAGAAUCUUCAAAUAACAAAACAAUGGAUGUUCCCAUAUCCAUAUUGCUGUUGAUUUGUUUAAUUUUCAUGAUAAUUGGCGCCGUGUCGAUGUUGCUACUGCAGUAUUAUGUAUACGUCAAGUUCGCCAACAUGCCCGAAGAGAGUGAGGAACAGAAAAAUAUGAAUGCCAAGUAUUCACUGCCAAUGGCAAUACAAAAAACAGCACGUACUAUUAAUGCAACUCCCUCCUCGGCUUCGGCACUGAAUGCCACCAAUGACGCGCUCUCAGCGCCUUUGUUUGCUGUGAAUUUUGUUAUGCAGUUUCUGUUCCAUGAAUUAAAGAGUUCCAAUCGAGUGCGAAAGUGGUUCUAUCGCAAACUUUCACUCGAAUUGGAUGAAUUAAUUGCCAAAACGACAACUGGCAAAUUGUUUGACAAACUAACGAUAAAGGAACUUGAGUUGGGUGAUCAAUUUCCUGAGAUAAAAACGCUGCGGGUACACAAUGUUGAACUCGAUGACACUGAGGGGCUUAUUGAGAAUCUAGAUUUGUUGCUGGAAAUACACUACACAGGAAAUUUUCGUACUUCAAUUGAUGCGGACAUGGUACUUGGAAAAAAAGGUUCACUAACAUUAAGAGUAAAGCAGCUAUCUGGUUUAGCGCGACUGCAGUUCACCAGAAAACCGUACACUCAUUGGUCAUUAAGUUUUCUCGGUGAUCCGGAAAUUGAUUUGGCCGUGGAGUCGAAAUAUCAAGGUCGUCAAAUGCAAUCAAACAUAACUAGUUUGAUAUCGAAUCAAAUACGUAAGGCGGUACGUCGCAAACACACUUUGCCAAAUUACAAACUACGCUAUAAACCAUUUUUUCAUAAAACUCCUGAAGAAGAUUUGGGGGACAACGAAAUACAAUCAAAUGGCCUACUGGAUGUAAAAGUAUCAGAACUUUCCCGUCUUAUGUGCCCAACGCAUAUCACUGACAUUUAUUGCACACUUACUAUGGCAUCAUUGGCCUUUGUAGAAGCACGUCAGAAAGAUGAUCGCAAUGUUAUAGUCUCCUUAGAUGUGGAGAUACAUAAGGCGAAGAAUCAGCAAAUUGGCAUUAUAUUCAAACAAACUGAGCUUUUCGUAGAAAUCGAUGCUGUUCUACCAAAUACUCCAGCUUGUAAAUCAAAUUUAAGAUCGAAUGAUGUAUUAAUUGCUAUCGAAGGAAAACGUGUCUCUACCAUACAGCAAGUGGCAAAAAUUGUUAAGGCAUUGCAAACUUCAGUAUUCACUUUACGUAUAGAACGUAUUAUACCAGGUAUUAUACGCAAUGAUGCUAUACUGGAAGACCUGGAGCUAUAUGAGGAUCUUGGUGAUUUAAGUAAUGUUUACAGCAGCAACAAACCAAGUGAUAAUGAAUUAAGUGUAAAGUAUUUAGCAACCCGGCAUGGAUCUGGUGAUAGAGGUACUUCAAGUGAGUCAAGUUUGGGAAAUACACCAACUAGUUCACCGAAGAGGGUAAAACUCAUACCAAGAGCAUUAAAAAAGACUAUAAGUCGUGAUAGCACCGACAGCACUAAGGACGAGGAUGCAAAAGGUAAAGCAAAACUAACUGCGAAAGUAGAGGAAAAGCCACGACGACGUUUGAAAAGUUUGGGUGAUAGCGUAAAUGAUGUGGAACACUUUUAUCAGCAUUCCACGAUAGACUGUAGACUCAGUCGUUUGGUGAACAUGGAAGAUUUAAGUAAUUUCAAGUUGGAUGCGCAGUGUAAAUACUUAAAUUGCUGUGUCUAUGGUAAAUGCUCUGGUGAUAGCUUAUUACUUGGCUUUGUCAAUAUACCAAUUAAUCAAAUAUUGGCGGAAUGUUGUGAGACUAGUCUAACUCAAUGCUGGAAAAAAUAUGAACUAAAUCCGCCGAUGAUACAGAAUUUAAAAUCCCAUGAGCUAUAUAAUCAGUCUGGUUUCAAUGCAAAUUUGUGCUAUGGCGAUAUACUUUUUGCUUUCUCUUGGGAUGGUAAUCCGAAUUUGGCUGCUGUUGAAACACCUUCCAAGCAGGCAAUGAAAAUAAAAACAAAGAACUCGCAAGCAGAGAGACAUGAUGACAGUGGCUUUUCGGAUAAUAUUUCCAUAAAGUCCACUUCAACUGAUUUAACAACUUCCACAAUCAGUUUGGUUCCACCACGCGCUCAUAAUUUCAUACGCACACAUUUCCAACGUGCAACUCAAUGCGAUUUUUGUGGCAAGAAAAUUUGGUUGAAGGAUGCUGUACAGUGUCGGGAAUGUUUUAUGUGUUGCCAUAAAAAAUGCGUCACAAAAUGUCAGAACUCAACGGUUUGUGGGCCAGUUGACUGCACCAAUUCAAUUUCACAGACACAGGCUUACACCACAAAUACACCAGAGUUCACGGUAACUGAAGCUACUGCAUAUGAGGCAACUGAAAAUGAUGAAAUACCACCAAAUAUCAGUGAUGAUGAGCAAAAUCAACCGAAAACUCCCGGUCUGGAAGUACAUCGCUCCAGUUUGUCUGGCCUGUUAGCACAAGGUAUUAAACGUGUCAAUUCUGCUAAUAAUUUGGCUAUUCCUGGUAUUGUGUCAACAUUUGCGGGCGGCAAUAAUGCUUCCAGCAAUAAUGGUAAUUCCAGCAACUUGACAAAUACAAAAAGUCUGCCACCGAGCCCACAACGUACUCCGUCAAGGAAAGCAUCUUUAAUCUGCACAAAUCAAAAUCCAUUUGAACAAGUCACACAAAGGCUAGAACAGAUUUCCGCAGAACUUACUGAGCUGAGUGCAGAGCAAAUAAGUUGUGUAACUGAACCGAUAAUACUGAUCUCAAAAGAGGAAGAUCUGAUGACGCUCGCAAAAACUGCCAGUAAAAAUCUUUAUUGUGAAAUUGCUGGCAUUGACAGAGUUGAUAAAAUAAAUUUACUGUUAAGUAAACUUCGUUUAGCUUUGGACAGUGAGACGGCAGUACAUUCCUCAUUAUCUGUCAUCUCGAAAACCGAUUCCAUCGACGGCAACUCAACACAAAAGAAACUCAUUAACAAAUCAACUAUGUUAUUCAAAUCCGAAGAAAGGGUCCAGGCCCUGAGUGUUAUAAUGCUUUACUUGUGCACUGGUCUGCAGCAUGCACAGGGCGUGGCAUCCCAGUAGAAAUACAAAUGUUACUCAUUAAUUAUAAUUGUAAGGCUGAUGUUCUAAAUGUGGAAUUUUAUGUAGCACCAUUAAAAGUAUUAAACAAAUCUUAGUGCGUAAAUCGUAUUAUUUUUAAGCACAAUUUUAAUGUUUAAAUUUUUAAUUAACCAUUAUUACAUAUACGAGUAUAUACAUACCUACAAAGACAACUCACAACAAAUCAGACAGUGAAGGAAUAAAGUAUAUUAUUUAUUAAAAACAUAUUUUAAAAAUACGUAUUUUAACUAGAAUAUUUUAUUAAACGUUACGAAAUUUACC